UUCAUGACUUUCGUGUUAUAUUGCCCUAAUUGAGCGCGUGCUGCCGAGCGCCAAGCCUUCCCCAGCAGAGACUAAUUGGCAGUGAAGCAACAAAAAAUUUGCUGGAAAAUCUUUCAAAGCUGGAAACUCUUGGAAUUGUUGUUCGUUAGCUCGGAUUCCAUGGAUGAAGAGGUAACAGUCGACGAGAAUUUCCCACUUUUUGCAAAAUCCCAUCGGAAGAAGCAUAAACCUUCCCAAAACCCUACCGGCGGCCCUGUUUCCACCAUCGUCGAGACCAUUGCCUCGAAGAAACCUCUUCAGGUCGAGAAAUCCACAGACCUCGCCACUACAUCCACCAACAACGUUACAUUCGCCGACCUCGGCUUGUCGGAAUGGAUCGUCCGCACCUGCAAAGAACUGGCUAUGCGGAAGCCCACGGCGGUUCAAACCCACUGCAUCCCGAAGAUUCUGGCUGGCCUUGACGUACUUGGUCUUGCCCAGACCGGGAGUGGCAAGACUGCUGCGUUUGCAUUGCCAAUUCUUCAACGCCUUUCGGAGACCCCUUUUGGCGUCUUCGCGUUGGUGGUCACUCCUACUAGAGAAUUGGCCUAUCAAUUGGCGGAGCAGUUUAGGGCUCUCGGUUCCUCCUUGCAUUUGCGAUGCUCUGUGGUUGUUGGAGGAAUGGAUAUGUUGAACCAGGCGCAGAGUUUGUUGAAGAGGCCUCACAUUGUAAUUGCAACACCGGGGAGGGUUAAGGUAUUGCUGGAGGAGAAUCCUGACAUCCCUCUCGUCUUCUCGAAGACUAAGUUCCUAGUUUUGGAUGAAGCAGAUAGAGUAUUGGAUGUUGGCUUUGAAGAGGAAUUGAAAGUAAUCUUUCAAUGCUUGCCACGUAACCGUCAAACUCUAUUAUUCUCUGCAACAAUGACUAAAGAUCUGGAAACACUGCUUGAGCUUUCUGCAAAUAAGGCUUACUUUUAUGAGGCUUAUGAAGGUUUCAAGACAGUUGAAAUGCUCAAGCAGCAAUAUGUAUUUAUUCCAAAGAACGUGAAGGAUGUAUAUUUACUACAUAUUUUGUCUAAAAUGGAAGACAUGGGUAUUCGUUCAGCAAUCAUAUUUGUGCAAACUUGCAGAAGUUGUCAUCUUUUGGGACUGUUACUUGAAGAACUUGAUCAGGAAGUGGCAGCAUUGCAUUCAUUCAAGUCACAGUCUCAGAGGCUUGCUGCACUCUAUCGAUUCAAAUCAGGACAAGUUCCUGUAUUGCUUGCAACUGAUGUUGCCAGUCGGGGUUUGGACAUUCCAACAGUUGAUCUUGUUAUCAAUUAUGAUAUUCCAAGGUUUCCAAGAGAUUAUGUCCAUCGUGUAGGACGUACUGCAAGAGCAGGCAGAGGAGGAUUGGCUGUGAGCUUUAUCACCCAAAAUGAUGUCGAGCUUAUUCAUGAAAUAGAGGCUGUUGUCGGAAAGCAAUUGGAAAAUUUUGAAUGCAAGGAGAAUGAGGUGCUUGAAAAUAUUACAAAAGUUUACAAGGCUAGACGUGUGGCAGCAAUGAAGAUGGUGGAUGAUGGAUUUGAGGAGAAAGUGAAAGAACGAAAAAAACAGAAACAGAAAACACUGGCGGAGAAAGGAUUGUUGAAGAAGAAGAAAAGAAGCAAAAAGAGAAGAGAAAAAACUUCCGAGUAGUUUUUGGCAGUUGUAUUGAAUCUCACCGAUUUUCCAGAUUCACAAUUUUGAUUUUGCUUAAUUUUUAAUACAUGUGUAAUUAUUUCGCCUC